GGAAAGAUGUUUGGUUUUGUUCACUUGUACAAUGGCCAAGAAGCUGUAUCCACUGGCUUCAUCAAGCUCUUGACCAAGUCUGAUUCCGUCGUCAGCACUUACCGUGACCAUGUUCACGCUCUCAGCAAAGGUGUCUCAGCUCGUGCUGUGAUGAGUGAGCUCUUCGGGAAGGUCACCGGUUGCUGCAGAGGUCAAGGUGGAUCCAUGCACAUGUUCUCUAAAGAACACAACAUGCUUGGUGGAUUUGCUUUUAUUGGUGAAGGGAUUCCCGUGGCCACUGGUGCUGCGUUUAGCUCCAAGUACAGAAGGGAUGUCUUGAAACAGGACUGUGAAGACGUCACUGUUGCGUUUUUCGGUGACGGGACUUGUAAUAACGGACAGUUCUACGAGUGUCUGAACAUGGCUGCUCUCUGGAAAUUGCCUAUUAUCUUUGUUGUGGAGAAUAACUUGUGGGCGAUUGGGAUGUCUCACUUGAGAGCCACUUCUGACCCC